CCUCGUGGAGGCUUCAGUUCAUCUUUGAGCCAGAAAGACCGAGGUGUGAUACAACUGUGCUAGGCAUAUAAGCUCCCUUUAGCAAUCGUGAGGAACAAAUGCACUGAAUUGGAGAGUGCUUCCCCAUUUUCAAAAUUACCUUCCUAACUUUUAUGUGACGAGGUAUGAGAAUGGCCUAGUGACGAGUGUGGGACUGCGACGGUUACUUUGGGGACCUCUUUCAAAGGAAUGGAGUAAACUGGAUGAAAGUCAGGAGCUUUUUAAUCUACAAGAUACGUACGCACAUCAUCUUCUUUAUUGUAUUAUCUCGUAAAUGACCACCAUAUUUUUGUCGGUGAAGUGUGUUGGUGCUUGAAGAUUCUCAUCAACGAGACUUUUCCGAUCGACGGAAGACCCAAUAAAAGGCUGGACCCUCGUGGUCGGAAGUGAGUGCGAGUUUAGGGAUGAUGGUUUUCGAUCCUGAGAAAUGUGCUCUCUGGUGGCCAAGGGACCUUGGCAUAGUCCUGACGAUCCUCUGCAUGCUCCACGGAAUGGCUUUAAGCCACAAAGGCUUGUCGAGUGAUUUGGCGACGUCGUCUUCCUCCCACAUAAGUCAUCUUCCACAUCAUCAUCAUUAUAAUCAUGCUCAUCAUCUUCAUCACAAGCACCACAGGCAUCAUUUCAUAUCCCGAAGACAUAUUCAGCAUCCAAGCAAUAAUGAUCGACAUCAGGAACGUUGCGACAAAAAUGAUGAGUCGCCCAAGAUCUUGGCCCAUGAGCCUUGGAUCCACGGAGGAAAAAAAUCCACGGUCACUCUUCAUUGCGAACUCUGUCUUUCCAGACAGGAUUUGGCGCCCAAAAAGGAAAGGGAGGAGCAAAAAGACGAUUUACACGAUUAUUUUAAUGGACCCGAGGUUUGGUGGAUGAAAGAUGGCAAACUUUUGACGCGUUCAACAUCGCGAGUGCGGCAAAUGGUUCACGGUGAGAACCAUUUUCUCCUGCGGAUCAAGAACUUGCGUGAUUCCGAUUUUGGCACUUACACGUGCGGACACAAUACCACACUGGCCUUACCCGUCCCAAGGCGAUCAGGUGUGGACCAAGGCCAGGUGACGGAUAAGAUCGAGGUGUCGGGUGUGCCUUACCCCGCCAAAUUUGAUGAUCCCACCUUAUGGAGUGAUUCGAUUUUCAAGUUGGUUUGGAGAGUGAAUUGCUCCACGCCAAUCAUCAAUUACCAAUUGGAGUUCCGCGAAAUUCCCCAUGGCGAUUGGGUCACGCUGAAUGUUCCUGGGGACUUUGGAACCCUGCAGUCAAAAUACCACAAUCGAUUUGCCCGUCAAGAACAGAAGGUAGAGGAACAUGUGGGCGAAUACACCCUCAAAGGGUUGUCUAGUGGAAUGACCUAUGAGGCACGCGUUCGAAGUCGGAACGAGUAUGGAUUGAGUGCCCAAUCCAAGGUGAUUUCUUUCCAUACAUUUGAGCCUGAGACCAAGAGAACGAGCCUGUACGAGGAUUACUAUGGGUCUCGCUUUAAGACCAUCGUUGAACCCAAUGGAGACGAGCGGCUAUCUCAACCAUCCAAUGUUAUUCAAGCGACUUUUUUGCCUCCAUACAUGAGUCUGGAGGAGUCCAAACAGCCUCGCAAUGCAGAUGACCAAUCCACGGCCAAUUCUCAACCUUUGGCCACCACAAAAGAUAAAAAAGGAUAUGCGGCAUUUUCCUCGGGUUCAAGAUUAACUCAAGAAUUGUUCCAACUUACCUCAACCAUAACAAUCCUCAACAUUGCAGUUGCUUUGAUCCGAUGACUUUGCUUGACUAUUCGACGUCGAUUGAAUACUUUGAUCAAAAAGAAAAGAAGAAGCCAGAACCUCAACCUUACAUGUCUUUUUGUCCCCCAAGUUGAAUUGUCGUAGAUUAACAAAAACUCCCUUGCCUACGAUAUAUGUGUAAAUAAAACACGGAAAACAUUAA